AUGGAUGUUCCACCUGUGCCUGUUGAAGAGAUGAAGGAUGGGCCUCCCACUCAAGAGACGCAAGCAUCCCAAACAACUUCAUCUUCGUCCUCCAUCACUUCCGAGAAGACGAACGUCGACAACAGCAACAACAAUGGCACCCCUGCUUCGACCGAGUUCACCAUUUCAACCCGAUUCAUCCUGGCCUUUGCUGCUCUGGCGGUAUUGACACUUAUGGUGGCGCUUGACGGCACGUCAAUUAGUGUUGCCCUUCCAGUCAUCGCCAGAAAACUACAUGGAACUGCUAUCGAAGCCUUCUGGGCGGGCACCUCCUUCCUACUCGCCUCGACAGUGUUCCAACCCAAUUUUGCGUCUUUCAGCCAUAUCUUUGGACGGAUGCCUGUGAUCAUGGUCUCUGUGGCGUUGUUCUUCGUAGGGGUCAUGAUGUCAGCCUUGUCGAACGAUUUCGGUCUCCUCCUAGCGGGAAGGGCAGUUCAAGGAAUUGGCGGAGGUGGUGUCAUGGUUAUGACCGAAAUCGUCGUUACCGACCUUGUCCCCCUUCGCUACAGAGGUCAAUGGGCAGGCAUCAUCGCAGGGAUGUGGUCCAUAGGCUCCGUCUCUGGUCCUAUCAUCGGUGGUGCCUUUGCCCAAGUGCAGUGGCGGUGGAUUUUCUGGCUCAAUCUCCCCUUCAUCGGCAUUGGAUCUGUCAUGAUUCCCCUGUUCCUCCGUCUCAACGUCAUCCCACAGAGCAUUGCCGCGAAACUGCGUCGCGUGGAUUGGCUCGGCACCGUCAUCUUCGUGGGCAGCAUGACGAGCUUCCUCAUCCCUUUGACAUGGGGUGGUGUCAUGUACAGCUGGUCGUCGUGGCGGACGCUGGUGCCGUUGCUUGUCGGCGCCGUGGGUCUGAUCGGCUUCUGCCUCUACGAGGCGUACCUCGCGCCCGAGCCCUUGCUGAGACUUUCGGUGUUCGGCAACCGCACAGCCAACAUUGCCUAUCUGACGACGACCCUCCACGGCAUGGCCCUCUGGUGUCUUCUGUACUACCAGCCUCUGUACUUUGAGGCGGUCAAGGGCUAUACACCCGUGCUGUCGGGCGUCGCACUGUUCCCCGAGACCUUCACCGUGGCGCCCAUGGCGGUGGUGACGGGCCUGCUGAUCACCAAGUUUGCGGCGUACCGUUGGGCCAUCUGGGCGGGCUGGGGCAUUGCGACGCUGGGGCUAGGCCUGCAGACGAUCCUGCACGUCGACACGACGGUCCCACAGUGGAUCUUCAUCAACCUGGUGUCAGGCAUCGGGCUGGGCAUCCUGUUCCCGGGCCUCCAGUUCCAGGUGCAAGCGGCCAGCACGAACAAGGACAUGGCCUUCGCCGUGUCCAUGUUCGUCUUCUUCCGCUCGUUCGGCCAGGCCCUGGGCGUGGCCAUCGGCGGCGUCAUCUUCCAGAACCAGAUGGUCUCCAACCUCCAGAAGUACCCGGCCUACGCGGCGCGCGCCUCGGAGCUGGCCAAGGACGCCGCCGCCCUCGUUGAGAUCAUCAGGGGCACCCCGGCCGGCCCGGGAAAACUGGCCCUCCGCACCGCCUACACCGAUUCGCUGCGCACUGUCUACAUCGUCCUCGCCGCCCUGGCGGGUUUCUCCCUCGCCGCGAGUCUAUUCAUCAAGGCGUACGAUCUCAACGUCGGCCUCGAGACCGAGCAGGGCCUGAUUGUCUCGGUCAAGAAGGCCAACAACAACAAAAUCGGUGGUGGCGAGAGAGCAGCUCGAGAUGAGGAAGAGAUGGCCGGUGACGGCCCGCAGGAACUCAAGUUUGAAGAGCCGGCAGCGUCACAGUCUUGA